GAAGGUGGGGGCUAAAAUGUAUAUACUUCCUGCUCAAAUGAGUUCUCAAAGGAGUAUGCUUAUUUAGACAACUGUUUCUAUCUCAGUUUGAAUUUGAUAUUCAUUUGGCACACCAGUCACUUUCCUGCUGAAAAAUAAGAUUGACCUUUUCUGCACCCCUUGAAUUUGUCAGUCCAGCAUGGGUAUGCGGUUAGUGGUUCUGCUGUACUCGCUUCAUGUUAUUUUUGCUCCGGUGCUCUCUGAUGUGUGGAAAGCACAAUUAGAGGCUAACAUGGACGCUUUCGUGUCAUCUUGUGUUGUGUUGCCCUGUUCUUUCAAAUACCCUGGAAAACAACUACCAUCUUCUCGGAUGAGGGGCAUUUGGCACAAAGAAAAAAUAAAUGAUGAGUACAUCUAUAGUGAGGAUAGUUUGAAAAUUAUUGACAGUUUCAAGGGUCGCACAAGACUGGUUGGUGAACUGAGUGAUUUCAACUGCUCUUUGGAGAUCAAUGAUGUUAAAAACCAUGACAACGGUCCAUUUUGCUUUAGGGUUGAGUUCGAGAGAGAUGAAAAAGACAAAUAUUCAUUUAUGGAGAGUUGUGUUUCAGUUAAAUUGAUUGCAAAUAAAGAUCAAAUAAAACCAGAGCUGCAUUAUAAGCAGUCUGUGGAGGAGGGUGUUCCAGUAGUCUACAAAUGCUCCAUCACCCACACCUGUCCUUCCCAUCAUCCCAAUCUCACCUGGAGCCGCCCUGCAAAAGAUAUCCUGGUGAGCUACAAGGAUAUUCGUCAUGGAAACUGGGAAGUGGAGUCUAUCCUGACCAUCACACCCACAAAAGAGGAUGAUCACACAGAUAUCACAUGCACGGUCAAAUACCACGGAGGCCUGCAUGCCUCAACUACAGGCCGUAUUUUUGUGAAAGAACAAGCAACUCUAAGACACAUCCUCAUUCCAGCCAUCACUGGGCUUGGAGUUUCGGCUUUGUUUGGAGGGCUGUGUUUCUUCAUGGUCAAGAGAUACAAAAAACGUAUUCAAGAACUCCAGUCCCGCAAUGACAAUGGAAUGUGGAGUCGGCUAUCAAGAAUGUCUCGCAGAUUUCGGUCAGGUGGAAACAGCAGUGGACAAGGUGGCAGAGACCAGAGGGACAAUCCCCCUGGAGUAACCUGGAGUUAAGUGCCUUGCUCAAGGACACAAUGGUGGUGGCUGUGGGAAUUGAACAAACAACCUUUUGAGCCAUUGCCUAGCAGUCAGUAUUUGUGCUUUGAUGCAUGGCACUCAUGCGGGUAGCAUGAGUUUGAGUCAAGUUUGCGCCAUUCUUGCCCAGGAUUGUAAAGGCUAAACAAGUGCUUUAUUUUCAUAAAAAUAAAAAGUUUACAUUUGAGUCUUUUUUUUGUGUGUGUGUAUGUGUAGACUUGAAAAAUUGUAAGUCUUAACUUCACUCUGCCAUUUUAUUAACUGUUAAAGAAGGUCCCCACGUAUGAAAGCCAAGAUGCAAAAAAAAAAAAAAAAAGAAAGAAAGAAAGAAAAGCCCGGACUACGUCUGCCCGGAACAAGACUGCGGUGAUGCCACUGCAAGAAUAAUUUUUCACCCUGUGAUCCACGAAAGAAAAGUAAAUGUAAUUAUUGUUAAUUUAAUUAGCAUACAACAACAUUCAAAAUAAUCGAAAGAAACAAGCAAGCUACCAACAUACCGGACAACAGCCACGGGAACCUGGGUAUAACAGGUAUUUAGACUCCCCGCCUAUAUGCAACAGCCGCCGUCCCUACUCAUACAACGUCACGUUAACUGAAAUGAAGCACAAAUUGCAACUCGCACCACUGCCACAGCUAAUACGCAGAUGUAAUAAAUAAAAUGCAUACCUGGGGGAAGACAAAUACGUGUUUGUGAGACAAGCUCAGCCACAAUAAGGUACGAGACGGCUAAAAAUACAGCCACUCUCCUAAAACAAUCUCAGCCGCUUCCAGCAAAUGACCCAGGAAGUAGGAAAGACCCAGAAAAUGAUGCUUACCUAGGUGAUGUACACCAAUGAUUUAUAUAGGGUUCCUCAAACCCUACUAACCAGGCACCAAUUAAUGACAUCAAAUGCCCACACCAUACUCAGUUCUGGAGAUAUGGUUUUCAAUCUAUCAUGCCACAAAUGCAACAAGAGUUUCAGGAUCUAGUGUGUCAGGCCACCCACAGUGGUGGCUGUGGGAAUUGAACAAACAACCUUUUGCUUACCAGGUCAGUGCUUUAGUCCACUAUGCCACCACCACUCCACCAAAUUUAUAGAAUAUAUUUUAUAUUACCUUAUGUACUCUUUGGUUACUAGAACAAGCUGUAGUAAUAAUACACAUUAUUAAAAUUAAACUUCUCUAC